GAUUGCUUGUUACUUUUAUGCAUGGUAAAAGUUUUCCAUCCCAUCCGUUCUUCAAACUCUUUCACUUCUGUUUUGUACUAUGCCUUGUUUAAAUGAUUUUGAGGACUCUCAAUAAAUGAUGGGACCCUGAUCUAUCUCUCUCGGAUUACACGACCACCAUCUUUAGCCAUGGAUUCAUAGACUCAGAUAGUUUGAAACCACUGGUCUUCUCCCCAUUGAAGCAGUAAAUAGUUUCAGCAGGUUGGCUUAAACUGCAAUCUGAAACCAAGCAACCAAGUUCAGUCCUAGAUGGAGUCGUUUGCAGAAACAUGACUAUUGCUCCAUAACUCAAACCGAAGAGGUAGGUCAUGGAAAGCCUCGGUUUGACCCAUAGUCCAUGUAUCCUUGCACUUCUGUUCUUCUCCUAGGACUGGUUUCAUCUGAAGAAAGCUUACUCACAGUCAGAGUACGCCUAAACUUCAAAGAAAAGUAAGGCUGUUAUUAUUAUGUUGAAUGCAAGACAUGAUACUUUGGAGUUGGUUGACUUCAUUGAUGGUGUUUGGUUUUCUGAGCUCCAGAGCACGCGACUGCAGAUAAGUCUCAAGAAAAGAAGAAAACGGGAGGAGAAGAAACAGGGGAAAGGAAAGCAUGUCUGCCAUAAAGCUUGGCCUGGUUGUUCAUCAAUAGCAUAUGGGGCGUCGGAGGAGAUUGGUCCAUUCCGCAUCAACAAGGCCGGCACUUCUCUUUACUUGAAUAAAUACUCAUGGAACCAAGAGGCAAACAUCCUGUUCCUUGAAUCUCCAGCCGGCGUUGGUUUUUCUUAUACAAAUACAAGUUCUGAGCUGAAGGAUGCCGGAGACAAGCGUACAGCUGGCGAUGCAUUGAUCUUUCUGUUAAGAUGGCUGUCGAGGUUUCCGCAUUACAAAUACAGAGAUUUCUACAUCUCAGGAGAGAGCUAUGCAGGGCAUUAUGUUCCCCAACUGGCGAAGAAGGUUCAUGACUAUAAUACGAUCACCAAGAGCAGUUUUAUUAACCUUAAGGGCUUUCUUGUGGGGAAUCCAGUGACAGACAUCCACUAUGACAAUCUAGGUACCGUAAACUACUGGUGGAGCCAUGCACUCAUCUCGGAUACCACUUACAAAUCAAUAUUGAAGCUCUGCAGCUUCUCGGGGACAAAGAAUCCAGACAAUUGCACCGACAUGCUCAACUAUGCCGUUAGCCAUGAGUUUGGCGACAUUGAUCAGUACAGCAUUUAUACGCGACCAUGUAAGGCCUCAUCUACGAGCAAGUUAUCUGUGAUUAGGCUUGGAAACAUCUUGAUUCAGAGGCAAUUGUCUGGAUAUGAUCCUUGCACCGAGACCUAUGCAGAAAAAUACUACAACAGGCCUGACGUUCAACGAGCAAUGCAUGCAAAUGCCACUGGAAUACCAUACAAGUGGACAGCCUGCAGUGAUGUGAUCCAAAUAAACUGGAAAGAUGGACAAUUUUCAAUGUUGCCUACCUAUAGAGAGCUCAUCGGAACUGGUCUACGAAUUUGGCUCUUCAGUGGAGAUACAGACUCUAAUGUGCCAGUUACUGCAACGCGGUUUUCCUUGAGUCAUCUCAACCUCCCCGUAAAGGUUCCUUGGUACGCUUGGUAUUCAGGUGGCCAGGUGGGAGGUCGGGCAGAGGUGUAUGAAGGUCUAACAUUUGCAACCGUGAGAGGAGCUGGGCACGAGGUUCCCAUGUUCCAAGCGAAAAGGGCCUUCUGCCUUUUCAAGUCUUUCCUUGCUGGAAGACAGCUUCCAAGUAUUGACAUGCUUAAAGCUUUUGGGAACAGCUCAUUGCUCUUCAACAAUCUUUUCUUCCAUCGGGACACAGGCCCCUUGCCCCUUGCAUUUUCAAAAAUUGCUGAAGACAUAUAAUUAGGCCAUCUUAAAAUUUCUGAAAACUGUAACUAUGCACUCUCUGAACUUUUUCUUUUUUCUGCCAUCUUUUUUUUUUCUUCCUAUGCUUUGUAAAAGUCUAUUUCGCCGUAGAGAUUGCGGCGAACAACAAAUUCUAACUGUAGU